GUCGUAGAAUUGCUGGUCUUGCUGGCUUGUGCUUUUCUUCGUGUACCAAUUCUGCACUCUUCAUUAAUGACGCCGUAUUUUUUGAAGGUGACUUUGUUUAUUGGUUCAUAGUGAUUGUUUGUUGCUCUGAUGAUGUGCAAUGGUGCGGAGCCAAAAUAAACAUAUAAAUUCAGCCGACAUGGACUUCACAGUAACGGUGCAAUUAAUCAGUACAUGUCUCUUCACCAAAUUGUUAAUAUAUUGCUCUAUUAGAUAAUACCCGUGUAGUAUUUGAAUGAAGAAAGAAAUGUUUGGUGGUGUCUUCUUAUUACCUCAGUCGGAGAUCGUAAAUGGGAGCAGCUGGCAGCUCCAUCGAAUUGAGUUUCCAAAAAUUAGAUGACUUCAGAUAUUCCCACCGGCUGAAAUCGUCAUUGCAAACCAGUUGCAAGUCACUCCCUCGCAGCACCUUCCCGACAUGCCGUAUAGAGAUGAAGGACCCCGCUGCAAUUUUUCGGAAAUCUCUAGAUCUUUCACGGACUAGACGGUCGCUGUUAACGUCUGCGCUCGAAUCAGGACACGACCCAAAGAUCGAUGUCAGAACUGCACUGUAUAAGCGGCAGGUGCGCAAGGAGAUGUGUAAGAGACUACACGAUAUUCCGCGAAAAUCUAUAAUAUCACAAUCCGAGAUAGUUGCGCGGAGACUUCGAAAUCUCGAGUGGUAUAAGGAGGCAAAGAACAUCGGCUUCUACGCUAAACCGUACCCCGGAGAAGGCAAGAAAAGAAAUGACCUCGAAGUAGGGAUACUUUCGGACAAGAUGAUUUAUAACGCAUUUGAAGAUGGAAAAAAUGUGUUUUUGCCGCGGAUAACGCCCACGAUUGAUAUGAAACCGGAGAAUCUCGAAUAUUUACAGACCGUCCUAAGACUUGCUACUAAAUAUAGCGAAUAUCUACCUUUCUUCUUCCUGGAGAUGAGCCAGAUCGAGAACUACGAACAGUCGCGGCAACUCAUCGAUAACUACAACCCAAAGAAGCCAGUGAAGGAUCCGCCUCCAGGAUUUGACCCAUUCGACUCUGCCGGCCUUGAUAUGAUCAUUGUUCCCGGAGUAGCAUAUAAUAACAAAGGAAUGAGACUAGGCCGUGGCCAGGGAUUUUACGACAAUUACAUUUUCUUUCAUCGGGCGUGGUCAUUAAAUCAGAACUUACCAAUCCCAUCCGUUAUCGGCAUGGCUCUCGAAGAGCAGUUAUAUCCCGACCACGAGCGAAUCUACGGACCGAACGACAAGAGAUUCCUCCCGCGCACUACUGCCGACACUCCGGUGUUCAGAUCCGUGCUUUCUGAAACCGAACUGCAGCAGGUGGAGAAAAGGAUACCGGCAUUUGUGCCCCACACACAGCACGAUGUGUAUAUGGAUUUGGUCCUCACGCCUUCUCGAGAAUAUGGAAUUCUUGAGCAGGAGGUGAGAGCGAGCGAAGAGGGGAUGAACAAAGAGGAUGGAUCGGCGGGUUUUGUAAAUAUACCGUAGAUAGAGGGCGAAUAUGAAGUACAAGAGCAAUAUUGAAAAGCGCGAGGAGGCUUUGAUGAAUAUAGUCACUUCGCAAGAACAUUUUAUUGUAAUACACAAUCUACCAACGAAUUUUCCCUUUCCUUCUUUAUCUUACAAACUCCCAGAUCCUGAUUUAUCUGUUCGAGGCAUUCAGGCUUCCAGACUCGAGAUAAGAGUAAUAUUGUCACCCUUCAAUAAUAUCCGACCUACACGAGAUAUAUUAGCGACCC